GUUCAGCCGCACUACUGUACAUGCGCCUCCAUAUCCCACCAUCAAUCCAUCCCCUGCUUCUGCUCUAGGGUUUCUUCAUCUCUUUUAGGGUUUUCAGACGCCAAUCUUUGUCUCCAUACACAUCGCUUCCCAUCUAAUAAUCCUGCAUCGUAGGGGUUUUGGACGAAGCUGGAUAACUCCCUCUCUUUUCUCAGAAGAAUCUCCAUGCGCCGCUGGUUUAGCGGCUUCGUUGAUUAGGGAUUGGCUUAUCUCUCUUUCAAAGGUAUAAAUUGGUUUUUAACGAGGUUGUUUGGAGGGGGCAACUCAAGGUUGUCCUAUCUAGGGCUAAGGGUUUGUUUCUUUUGAAUUGAAUGGCAUUGGGAGAUUUGAUGGAGUCUAGGUUUUCGCAGUCGCAGUCGUCAAUGGUGGCAGCGGUUUCUAAUCAUCUUGACGGGUAUUCCAAUUCGCAGCAUCCCAAUUUGAAUCAAAGCGUUCUUCUUCAAGAUGGAGUAGUGGAUGGUAAUAGGGAUAGAGAUUCUUCUUCUGAUUCAGUAGCUGCAGUGCAGAGGAUGGAUAAUCACAACAACAGGGAUAAAGAAGAUUCCGACACAGUUGCUUCUACUACUAGUUAUGGAGUUGGAAAUGGGAAUGCGGUGGUCACUGGGAUAGCGGCUACCAGUAUGGCAUAUUUGCCUCAAAAUGUUGUUUUGUCUGAGCUUCGACAUGAUGCAUUUGAGGUUUGCACCCCAUCCGGUCCUGCUGAAAGUGGGUUGGUCUCGAAAUGGCGACCUAAGGACCGGAUGAAAACAGGAUGUGUUGCUCUUGUUCUAUGUUUGAAUAUCAGCGUGGACCCGCCUGAUGUUAUAAAGAUUUCACCUUGUGCCAGAAUGGAGUGCUGGAUAGAUCCAUUCUCUAUGGCCCCUCAAAAAGCACUUGAAACAAUUGGGAAAACAUUGAGUUUUCAGUACGAAAGGUGGCAACCCAAGGCCAAAUACAAGAUUCAGUUAGAUCCUACUGUGGAAGAAGUGAAGAAACUCUGUACUACCUGUCGCAAGUAUGCCAAAUCUGAAAGGGUUCUAUUUCAUUAUAAUGGUCAUGGUGUACCUAAACCAACUGCCAAUGGUGAAAUUUGGUUUUUUAACAGGAGUUAUACACAGUAUAUCCCUUUGCCUAUUAGUGACCUUGACUCAUGGUUGAAGACUCCAUCGAUAUAUGUUUUUGAUUGCUCUGCUGCAGGGAUGAUCAUCAAUGCCUUCAUAGAGCUCCAGGAUUGGACGCCAUCGAGUUCUUCGGGAACAUCAUCAAGGGACUGUAUUUUACUAGCAGCUUGUGAAGCACAUGAGACCCUACCACAAAGUCAUGAGUUUCCUGCUGAUGUGUUUACUUCCUGCCUUACAACCCCCAUCAAGAUCGCAUUGAGAUGGUUCUGCACUCGUUCGUUACUACAUGAGUCGCUUGAUUAUUCGCUUAUAGACAGAAUACCUGGCCGCCAAACUGACCGUAAGACCCUUCUUGGCGAGCUGAACUGGAUUUUUACUGCAGUUACAGACACAAUUGCCUGGAACGUUCUUCCACAUGAUCUAUUUCAGAGAUUAUUCAGGCAAGACCUGUUGGUUGCCAGUUUGUUUCGGAACUUUUUACUUGCAGAGAGAAUUAUGCGUUCGGCAAAUUGUUCGCCUGUAUCUUAUCCAAUGUUGCCUCCAACUCAUCAGCACCAUAUGUGGGAUGCAUGGGACAUGGCUGCUGAAAUCUGCCUUUCUCAGCUCCCAACGUUGCUUGAGGAUCCUAAUGCGGAAUUCCAGCCAAGUCCUUUCUUCACGGAACAGUUGACAGCAUUUGAGGUGUGGCUUGAUCAUGGGUCUGAACAUAAGAAACCACCUGAGCAGUUGCCUAUUGUUCUUCAGGUUUUACUCAGUCAAUGCCAUAGGUUUCGUGCACUUGUGCUUCUGGGAAGAUUUCUUGAUAUGGGUCCAUGGGCUGUUGAUUUGGCCUUGUCAGUAGGAAUUUUUCCGUAUGUUCUGAAGCUAUUGCAGACAACCACACCUGAACUUCGACAAAUUUUAGUGUUCAUCUGGACAAAGAUUUUAGCACUUGAUAAGUCAUGCCAGGUUGAUCUGGUGAAGGAUACUGGGCAUACAUAUUUUAUCAGGUUUUUGGAUAGUGUGGAAGCGUACCCUGAACAGCGUGCCAUGGCUGCAUUUGUUUUGACUGUCAUUGUUGAUGGGCACAGAAAGGGGCAAGAAGCCUGUAUUGAAGCUAAUCUAAUUCAUGUCUGCUUGAAACAUCUUCAAGGUGGUUCAGCUCCAAAUGACACCCAAACUGAGCCACUGUUUUUACAGUGGCUAUGUCUUUGUCUGGGAAAGCUAUGGGAAGAUUUCACUGAAGCACAGAUAAUAGGCUUGCAGGCGAAUGCUCCUACUGUAUUUUCACUUCUACUAUCUGAGCCCCAACCUGAGGUUAGAGCUUCUGCUGUUUUUGCAUUGGGCACUCUACUUGAUGUUGGAUUCGACUCAUCUAGGGAUGUUGGAGAUGAUGAACGUGAUGAUGAUGAAAAAGUUGGGGCUGAAAUAAGUAUUGUUAAAAGCCUUCUGAAUGUUGUUUCAGAUGGAAGUCCGUUGGUCAGGGCAGAGCUUGCAGUAGCUCUUGCGCGCUUUGCAUUUGGCCACAACAGGCACCUGAAAUCUAUUGCUGCUGCAUAUUGGAAACCGCAGUCUAACUCUGUGAUUAGUUCUUUGCCUUCAUUUACUGUUAGGGGUUCAGUUAGUGGCUAUAAUACUCCUAAUCAGUAUUCUCAAAUUGGUCCGUUGUCAAGGGUGGGAGGUGACAACCAAGCAACUGCAAGAGAUGGCAGGGUUUCCUCCAGCAGCCCCCUUGCUACAUCUGGGAUAAUGCAUGGUUCUCCACUCUCGGAUGAUUCGUCACAGCACUCCGAUCCAGGCACACUGAAUGACUGCAUUACAAAUGGGGUUGUCAACCAUACAAAACCACGGCAGUUAGACAAUGCCUUGUAUUCACAAUGUGUAUCAGCCAUGUGUACGCUAGCAAAGGACCCAUCACCACGCAUUUCAAGUUUGGGCCGGCGAGUUCUUUCCAUAAUUGGGAUCGAACAAGUUGUGACAAAGUCUGUCAAACCCACCACAGGCAGUGUACGUCCAGGCGAAACCUCAACGACUGCCAAUAGUCUUGCUGGAUUAGCUCGUUCAUCUUCUUGGUUUGAUAUGAAUGGAGGUCAUCUACCUCUGACGACAUUUAGAACUCCUCCUGUCAGCCCUCCACGACCAAGUUACUUGACAGGAAUAGGAAUGCGGAGAGUUUGUUCUCUUGAAUUCAGACCACACCUAAUGGAUUCUGGGCUAGCUGAUCCUCUUUUAGGUUCUCCUGGAGUUCCAGGAGCUUCAGAGCGCAGUUUUCUUCCUCAAUCAACCAUCUAUAACUGGAGCUGCAGUCAUUUUUCGAAACCACUUCUUACAGCAACUGAUGGCACCGAAGAGAUUAUAGCUAGGCGUGAAGAAAGGGAAAAAUUUGCUCUGGAGCACAUCACAAAGUGCCAACAUUCUUCUGGUAGCAAUCUUCAUAAUCCAAUUGCUCGCUGGGAUACAAAAUUUGAGACUGGUGCUAAAACAGCUUUGCUGCAACCUUUCUCUCCGAUAGUGGUUGCAGCAGAUGAGGGUGAAUGCAUCAGAGUAUGGAACUACGAGGAAGCAACCUUGCUUAACAGUUUCAACAAUCAUGAAAAUCCGGACAAAGGGAUAUCAAAAUUAUGCUUGGUGAACGAGCUUGAUGAAAGUUUGCUCCUUGUAGCUUCAAGUGAUGGUAAUGUCCGUAUAUGGAAAGAUUACACUUCUCGGGGUAAACAGAAACUCAUAACUGCCUUCUCCUCAAUUCAUGGUCAUAGACCUGGUGUCAGGAGUGUGAGUGCCGUAGUAGAUUGGCAGCAACAGUCUGGCUAUAUGUAUGCUUCGGGUGAAAUUUCAUCGACCAUGGUAUGGGACCUGGAUAAAGAGCAACUUCUAAGUUCUAUUCCUCUAUCAUCAGAUUGCAGCAUUUCGGCAUUGGCUGCUUCUCAUGUCCAUGGGGGUCAAUAUGCAGCUGGCUUUGUGGAUGGUUCUGUCAGAUUAUUUGAUAUUCGAACACCUGACGGGAUUGUUUGUGUUACCCGACCACAUACUCGGAGAGUAGAAAGAGUUGGGGGUAUAGAAAGAGUUGUGGGAAUUGGCUUUCAACCCGGACUUGAUCCAGCAAAGAUUGUGAGUGCAUCUCAAGCAGGAGACAUUCAGUUCCUUGAUAUCAGAAAUCAAAGUGAUGCCUACUUAACGAUUGACGCCCACAGGGGUUCUCUGACGGCUUUAGCCAUUCACAGGCAUGCACCCCUUAUAGCCAGUGGAUCAGCUAAACAGCUGAUCAAAGUGUUCAAUCUUGAAGGUGAACAAUUGGGCACGAUUCGAUACUCUCCAACGUUCAUGGCACAAAAAAUAGGAUCUGUUAGUUGUCUAGGGUUCCAUCCAUACCAAAUAUUACUAGCGGCCGGAGCUGCUGAUGCCUGUGUUUCAAUCUAUGCCGAUGAAAUGUCACCACCGAGAUAAAACAAACAAACAAAUCCCUGAGAAAUGGAGCAGGAGAAAUGACGGGGAGUCGUAUACAUUCGUUAAGCCUCCAGAAGGAAGGCUGGUUGGUUGGUUGGUUUGGUGUGAAGUGAAGUGAAGUAUAUUUGGUGGAGGCUUGAGCAAAUAAUUUGAUACAAAAUGAUAGGCGGUGGUAUAAAAAUGGUGUAAAUAUUUCUUUUCAUCUUGUUUUCUUUGGGUUUUAGUGUGUUUUACUUACAGUGUUUCUUGGUCUCUAAUUUGUAAAAAUCCCCCCACCCUCUUCAAAUCUUUGCAUUUAUAUAUAAUUGAAAUUCCUUGUGAUUAAAGCC